AUGGCGGACUCCCCUGUGGAAGAAUCGGCGCUCCAGGUGGCUGAGGUUGCGACCGAGGGAACAGAGCAACAGACUCAGCUUGAACCAGUCAAGAAGACCAAGAAGAUUAUUCGGAAGAAGAAGCGUCCCGCUCGAGUUCAGGUUGAUCGCGGUUCUAUUUCAACUGAACCUCCUGCCCAGACCGGUGACUUGUUCAACAUUUGGUAUAGCAAAUGGUCAGGAGGCGACCGUGACGAUCGCCAUGGAUUGAAUACCGCUGCGAAGACGAGAUGCGACCCCGUUAAGGACAGCGGCUUUACGAAGGCGGAUAAUGUCACUGGUUCUUACUUCUGUCUCUAUUUCGCGAAAGGAACCUGCUGGCGAGGCGCUGAUUGCGAAUAUCUCCACCGAAUCCCUACCCUCCAUGACCUUUUCCCCGUCAAUGUUGAUUGUUUCGGCAGAGACAAGCAUUCCGAUUAUAGAGAUGACAUGUCUGGCAUAGGAAGCUUUGCUCGCCAGAACAGGACAAUUUACGUGGGCCGGAUCCACGUCGAUGACUCGAUAGAAGAAACUGUGGCUCGCCACUUUUGCCAGUGGGGUGUCAUUGCCCGCACAAGAGUCUUAACGGGGCGCGGUGUCGCUUUCGUCACUUAUCAAAACGAGGCCAACGCGCAGUUUGCCAAGGAAGCAAUGAGUAACCAGGCCCUCGAUCACGAGGAAAUUCUUAAUGUCAGAUGGGCAACCGUCGACCCCAACCCGUUAGCACAGAAGCGUGAGGCUCGCCAAUUGGAAGAACAGGCCGCCGAAGCCGUCCGUCGCGCUCUCCCCGCCGCAUUCGUUGCAGAGAUCGAGGGCAAAGACCCCGAAGCGAAGAAGCGCAAGAAGAUCGAGGGUAGUUUCGGCUUGGAUGGUUACGAUGUUCCAGAUGAUGUAUGGCAUUCUCGCACACGACAGCUGGAAUCAGCACCACAAAUGCAACAGCUAGAGGCGCCAGAGCAAUCUCACAUGAUUGAGCCCGUUCAUGCGGAACCCGCACCGGAACUUGAGGUCCAGAGUGGGAUUUUCUCCAGCUCGACUGUUGCUGCUUUGCGUGGACUUGCUGGUGGUAAUGUGAUCACUCAGUCUGUAGCUAAGCCCUCUGGUGGGCCGUUGGUUGCCUACGGGAGCGACGAUGAAAGCGAUUAG